AUGUCUGUUUAUUAUUUCUGUUUAUUAUCAAUCUCAUUGUGUUUGUUGUUAAUAUGCCCCGCCAAUAGUGCUAGUCUUCGUUCGUACUUACGAGGGGCAUCGAAAUGGUUUCCUGAUCGGCGGCAUCCUUUAUUGAUAGUCGAUAAUGAUUUGACCACAGCAGAGUCGGUUUUAUCACGUCGACGACCUAUUUUAUCAUCGAAUGAACGACGAAGACGAUGGUCCAACGAUGAAAUUCUGAUUGAUGAAACAAUUAUAGAACAAUCAACUAGUAGUGCAUUGACAUCGGAAAAAGAAGAAACAACAAAUUCAGCUACGACUGAUCCUUCUGAGGAAAUUAGUUUAUAUAACUCAACAAGCACCCAAAUAACAUCUGAGGGAACGAGAUACCCGCUAUUGCGGCAAGAUAUAGUUGAAAACAAUCAGACAGAAGAGUCGUCGACUAUUGCAGCGAAUGAUGACGCCGAUAACUCUACAGUUUUAACCACAGUAUCAAAUGAAACCACCACUUUAGGUGACACUAACUCAUCAAUUGCCAAUAAAAUCGAUCAAACACAGUCGAAUGAGACAACUGAAGCCACUACUGACACAUCCAGUAGUGCAAUUACUCAAGAACUGACCAGCAAGUCACUAGAGUCAGAAACAACAAUCGUCGCAUCGAUAAAUCAAAUUACACAAGAAGUAGAAUCUGCUCCUCUAACCGUACUACCAACAAAUCUAACAACUCCGUUACCUACGUCCGAAUUAGACACAGCUAUUAUACUAUUGGAUUUUACUACCAAAUUUCCUCCGAUACCAACAACAGAUUAUGAGAAUGAAACAUUGAAUGAAACAGAGACAACUACUGCUUCAUAUUAUACGACGACUAUCUCACAAGACAAUAUAACCGAGACUACCACCUUUCUGAAUACAACUCAGAAUGUCACUUCUGCUAACGAAUAUGAAAUCGAGACCACAACUAUUGUAUUUUCGGAUGUCACAUCGACUAGUAUUAUCGAGGAAGAUGAAUAUUCAAAUAACACAGAUGAGUUCUUGCCAGUGACAGAAGCAAAACCCAUAUGUGAUCUCACUUGUCAAUGUACGAAAGAAUGUCCUUAUGGUUUUCAAUUCAUCAACGACACAUGUGAAUGUGAUCCACCUUGUAGAAAUUAUCAAUGUUUUGGCAAUGAUACAUGUAUUGUCACAAGUGAAGGACGACCUUACUGCCAAGCAGAAAAUGGUACCGAGCAUGAUCGUCCAAAACGUUGCUAUCAGCCUCGCGAUUCAGGUUAUCAUGAUGUUCAUAUUCGCUAUUAUAAUCGUUGGUAUUAUCAUCCUGAUCAAGAUACAUGCCAUUUAUUUGUCUAUCGUGGCUUGGGCGGAAAUGAAAACAAUUUUCAAACCUUACACGAAUGCAAUCUGGAAUGUAUCACUUGUGCUCCAGCGCCUGAUCGAGGUGAAUGUUUAGGCCGUUUGCCUAUGUGGUACUACGAUCACAAGAAGAAGCAGUGUUCACAAUUUGAUUAUUCAGGUUGUAAAGGCAACGAUAAUAAAUUUCUUCGGAAACAAGAAUGUAUUGAUACAUGUCUUACUCGAAUACUGAGUCUUUGA